AGCUGCAAAGGGGUUCUAUCGGAAUGUCUUAUAAAGAAACAUCUUUUCGAUUUCUUACAAACUAAUCACAUUGAUUCUACUUUACCUCUCAAACAGAAACUUCGAUUUUCUUGCAGGGUUCCAGGCCACCAGUUCCGAUAAACUUUCAUAUUUAACCAGGUACCAUGGACAUAGCAGCCGAGAGGGCGUAUCCUACGCCCUUCGCGAAUUCUCCUCUUCUGCCCCUUCUACUCAUUUCCCUGGCUACACAAAGGAACGCCCCUAAAACAGUUGCUACCGUCAAAGAUGAAUAUGACUACAUCGUCGUUGGUUCUGGUUCUGCUGGAUCGGUGGUGGCGAGUCGCUUAUCGGAGGAACCCUGCGUGAGUGUUUUGUUGCUGGAAGCUGGACAAGGUGCCCCUUUGCUAAAUGACAUCCCUUCCAUCGGUAGAAGUUUCUGGUUCACUAACCUCGAUUGGGCAUACAAGACAACACCCCAAAAGAAUACUGGAGAGUCUCUUGUCAACAGGCAAGUUAUAUUCCCGGCCGGCAAAGGCUUCGGAGGAUCAAGCUUGUUGAAUGCGAUGCUCUACGUCAGAGGCAACCGGAAGAACUACGAUGAUUGGGCAGCUAAUGGUGCAACAGGGUGGAGUUUCAAGGAAGUAUGGCCUUACUUUUUGAAAAUGGAGGACAACCAAGAUCCGGCAUACUUAGCAACCGGUUAUCAUGGCAUUGGUGGUCCAUUGACUGUCGAGAAGCCAAGAUAUACAUCAGAGAUAAAAGGGCCUAUUACAGAAUCAGCUUUGCAGCUGGGUUACCAAAUUGUCGAUUCUAGCGGAGCCAGACAGACAGGUUUUGACGACUUCCAGAGUACGGCGAGGGACUCUCAGCGUUGUAGUACAGCCAAAGCUUAUUUGGUGCCUGCAGAAAACCGGACUAAUCUUGAUAUGGCUGGCAACGCUUUUGUCAAAAAAAUAUUAUUCCAAGGAAAUAAAGCCAUUGGUGUCGAGUUCGAUCGCGGCAUGAUGACUCACCAAGUAAAAGCAAGGCGGGAAGUGAUCAUUUCUGCUGGAACAACAAACUCUGCUCAACUUCUUAUGCUCUCCGGAAUCGGACCCAAAGAACAUCUUGCAAAAUUCAAUAUUCCUCUCGUUGCUGAUUUGCCUGUUGGUGAUAAUCUCCAGGACCAUAUUGCCGGAUUUCUGUCUUAUACUUUGAGUCCUAAGAUUCCUACAGUGCCCCAAAAGCUGACGAAUAAUAAGAACAUCUAUGAAUACGUUUUUAGCAGAACAGGUCCUUUAGCAUCUGCGGAAUUCCAAUCGUAUCUCGCCUUCUUGAACAAAAAGUCUAAAAAUCCUCCAGUGGAUUAUCCUGAUUAUGAGCUAUAUUUUGCUGAAAUCCCCAAAGAAGUUGCACAAAAUGAAGUGGGACUGAAGCCAGAAGUUUAUAAGCAAUUGUUUGGACCCUACGAAAACGAAGCAUUCAUGUUCUGUGCAAGUCAGAUUCUGCAUCCUAAAAGUCGAGGAACUGUCAGACUGCAAUCUAAUAAUCCUUAUGAUCCACCCCUAAUCGAUCCCAACUAUUUGGAUCAUCCCGAAGAUUUUGAUGAUGUCAUAGCAGGCCUUAAGACUUGCAAGCAGGUCGGGGAGAGCGCACCGAUGCAGAAAGUUGGAUUACAACCAUUCAACACCACAUACCCGGGAUGCGAAAAGUUGAUGGGAGAUGAGUAUCAGUUUUUCAAAUGCAUGGUGAAGAACGCCGUCAUAACUCUGAGCCAUCAGGUGGGAACUUGCAAGAUGGGAGAUCCAAAAGAUCCAACCACAGUUGUUGAUCCUCAGCUGAGAGUGAAAAAUGUGAAAGGCCUUCGUGUUAUCGAUGCUUCCAUCAUGCCCAUUGUGACGUCAGGAAACACCAACAUCCCAACAAUUAUGAUCGCAGAAAAGGCCUCGGACAUGAUAAAACAAACCAUAGGAUGUCCAAACUAUCUGCAACCGAAUUACGAGAAUUUCAUUAAUAAACCGCUGCCUCCCAUGAAUGGUACAGUCCCAUAAAGCACAGUUGAAAGUAUAUAUUUUCAUACUUUGAAAUAAUUAUAUUGCCAGUUUGAAAAACGAAUUUGUAAGAAAUAUGGAAGAAAGACACAAGUGCGUUGAACUUUACACAGAUGUUGUGACAUAAUUGUUCGCAACAAUUUUAUUCUGACAAAAUUGUUGUGAACUUUGUAAUAAAAUUUCGAUUUUUUCUUUUUUUUUCCUUAUAAAAUUUAUAUACGUGUGACAUUGAUAUUUCAAGAAAAUAUCUUAAAUGUUCACCUUAUACUUUGAAAAAUAAAAUUUUUAUUUCCACAAAGUACGCGAUUCUUUAUAUUGUAAUUAUUAUACAUCAAGAAUCAUAUAAAUAUUUAAUUUUUUUCCCAUUUAAGUGUAUUAAUGAUAGUAUAAGAUCGAUCUUGAUAUUAAAGUGAUUCAAAAUUUUG